AUGGCUGUUGAAUGGUCUGCUCUCCCACCCGAAGUGAAACAAGAAGCUUACAAAAAGCUGGAUUUUAUCAGCAGAUUGGAAUUUGUGAAAAAGGAAGGAGGAACUUUGGUCUACAGAACCCAGAAUAGCUAUGACCCAAAAGAGGCUACUAUCAAGUUUCUCCCUUCUGAAGAUCCACACAAAACGGGUGCGUUCCUCCUGAGACAAUUUUUCAAUCGGAAUCCCCAUAGUCUCAUCGAAACUUUCGAAUGGGAUUUGGAGUAUUUCAAUGAAAAGGAUUCAUGUGGAAUCAGUUGGGAAACUAUCAACAUCCUUAAUCAUUUCCGUGCUUGCAAGUUUCGAAUCAAAAAGUUGGUAAUGGAUGAUACGACGCAGCUGGAUAUGCGAAAAGUGAUGAGUUUGAUCUGCGAUUGGGAAAUAUUGGAGAGAAUCGAGAGUCUCCGAUUGGAAGUUGAUCCGGAAUGUCUGACACCGAGAAAGUUCUUCGAUAGAACUGAUUUGUUCUCGAGAACUGUUCCGUUCCAUGAUUCCGCCAUCUGGAUGUCUGAUCGUCGUGGUGAAACACCCGGUUUCCUAGCACAGAUUGCUCAAAUCUCGACAAAAGAUUGUGUGACAACUGCUCGUUUCGCCGAGAUGGAUGACUUGUGUCUUUUUGAUGCACAGAAUUUCCCCGCAACCAAAGUGAAUGAUAAAGUAACAGGAAAAAGACAAUUGCAUCGAAAUAUCAACGUUGUCUUCCGCUACUGUAAGUCUGAAUGUGGAUUCUGGUGCCAUGCUGUCAAAAAAGAAUACGAGAAGUUAUUCAUAGAUUACUUCAAGAAUGAGAAAUGCGGUCUCCGUUGGCUCUGCAAGAAGUGUUCAGAUCCCUUCGAGUACUGGUACUAUCAAAAUAUCGGUCGCCGCGUUCUGGAUGAACCGGAAUGGCUCGGAAUUGUUGAAAAACCAGAUGAUGAGGAUGAGGCGGAAUUUUUAAAAUUGAAAUGUGAAACUAUGAGACAGGAGUUUGAAAAUAAUGAUAAGAAACAAAAAAAGGAGAAUGUUCAAAAGCAUGUUAUUCAGAAGGCAUGGGGAUUCAGGACCUCUAACUCGGAUAAGAAUUUGGAUGAGAUUAUCACGGAAUUCUCACAAACAAAAAUCUCGAGCUCUUCCGAUUCUGCAUCUUCUUCCGCCUUGAAACAUGAUAAAGAGGAGGAAUUGGAUUCGAAAGCUCUGAGAAGAGCUGAAAAGAACAAGAAGAGAAGUCAAAGAAAUAGAGAGAAGCUGAAAAAUAAGAAGCAGAUAAAAAAAGCUGCGAAAAAGAGGGAUUCAGAUUCAACUGAAUCUGAAACUUCAGGAAAGCUGCAAUCUGAGAAAAGUGAAAAAUGA